AUGGGCCGCAGUCAAGCCUUCCACAAUUGGUUUACGAAAUUGGGUGACCAGCAAGGGUUCACGUUGGCCAAAGCAUGGAAGCUGGACAUCUCCGUCCACAUCGUGAGGAAGCAAGAAUACCGUGGAAGGAGUUCGGCCGUUCUGGCCUUCACAUUUCGACGAACCGACGUGGAGCACGAAAUUCUAGUGGAGCAGCUGCUUGCUUAUCUUGCAUGCGCGCACGAGCUGAAAGAAUAUGGGCUGUAUCUGCAGUCUUUCCCUUGCAGAGCUGCCGUGUUGGCCAGCCCGCACGCAGACGAGAUGGUGAUUGGAGAAACGCUGGCAGCGGCCAAAGAGGAAUGGUCCAUGAUUCUGGACAUAGAAAGCUGGAGCGCCCAAGCCAAGAAGACCUUGCACCUGAACUGCCCUCACGUUCGCUUCUUCAACUACCGCGAGCUUAUGUCCUGCAUGGAGAAGAACAAGUACGAAGCGAAGCCUGAAGUACGUCAGGUGGCUGAGGCAUGGUUUCCGCCUUUCGGGCAAAGCGCAAACCUCGAACAUGUCUUCCGGGAGAUGGAGCAAGACACGCCACGGACGGUGGAGUUAACAGAGGAAGACUGGCACGGCAAGAAGCUGAAGGUUGAAGAGAUACUCAAGCCCUUCCAGAGCACGUCGGCCUUCAGUCAGACCCACCACAGCUUCAACUGGAACAACGAGACUGCCGUGGAUGCCACGAAGCACUUCUGGGUGUCCUCGUGCUUGGACAGGGGCUGCUUGGUCAAACUCGACAAUGAGUUCUUCCUUUGCUCGGGCAGAACAACAGGAGUCAUGCACGACACGGAGCUGCAGUGGAAGUUACAAAAUAUGAGGAGCAUGUUUCGGGAGAUCGUGCUCCAGUGCUCGAAGGUUUCCUUGUAUGAAUACACAGUCCACGUGCCUGAUACUUUCUUGGAACAGAAAGUUGGUGGGGUAAUUCUACGCAGGGGAACCGUCGCGUUCGAUUUGGCCAGCUAUUUGUUCAAGACGGGCGAGAUCGUGAAAAUCACAUCUGCCGCAAUGGAUGAGCUUCUCUUGUCUUUGGGCGUCCGAAUGCCGAAGAAUGCAACAAAAGGUGCAAAAGUAAGAAGAAUGAUGACCUGCGAUGUGAUCGCGUCGAAGCUAGAUCGCGCAGUUCUCGACGCAGUGGAGGCCAAGCUGAAAGAAAUUGAGGCUCAAAGAAAGUCGAAGAACAAAGACGACGAAGGCCCUCAUGGACCAGAUGAGGGUGACGAGGACUGUCAGAUAGACACGCGGGCCUGCCAGGACAGAAACUGCAGCAUCGAUGCUGAGCUGGAAGAAGUCGAUCCAGCAACGAGGGCCGGUGAAGAACUGCUGCGUGCCAUGGAUGAGCAAGACAGAGAAGAGGAAGAGCAGCAAAGCGUGGAGCCGAAUCAGGUUCCAAGUGUGGUGAGCAUUUUGGCAUUUGCGCAGCCUUCUCUGUGGAACUACUAA